CGCCAUGUUAGUCACGUUUUUGCCAAUGGUGGCUGUGAAUGUUCUACGCCGUAACAUAAUUUCAAACUGAGUGUAUUAAUUUUUGCGCGUCGCAAUGUUAAAUAUCUAGUGCUUAGGAAUAACUUCAAAAUGAACUCUAGUAGCAGAGACAAGCAAUCUUGCGAAAUAGAAGAUACAAGUAAUAAUACUUUUGUUAUGAAUGUCACAUCCAGGAUGUCAGGUCUAUUACCUGCAUCAAUAACCAAAUGGUUUGGUUAUCCCAGGUCUUCUAAUACCAAUGGCUCCACUCAUGUGGACCCUACAGAUUCAUCAACUGAAGAUGAAGCUUCAGACAGCCAAGUAAUAAAUCCACCAGCUGCAAAACGAUUGUGUUUAAGCCCUUCAGCUAAACAUAAAAAUGUUUCUAAAGAAACUAAAUUUAUUACGUCACAUUUGGACUCUCCUGAAGUCACUCAAGUUUCUGUGUAUACUCAGACUAGAAGAUCUGUACUGAAAAAGUUAGCCGCUGGUCAAAAAAUUAGUUCAGCCCAAUCUAAAAAAGCAGAUGUAAAAUAUACAUCAACUAUAUCACAGCAAAAAUUAUUGCCUUUGAAGUAUUUAUCAUCAGGUGAUAGUUCUGUAACAAGGAAAAGGAAAUCACUAUAUGAUUCUUAUGGCAACAAUAAUGACUCACCAAAUAGAAAUGAAGAAAAUUCACAAUCUGAGUUGUUAAGAAGCAAAAAACAUUCCUAUUACAAGCACUCACUGUUAAGAUCAUCAUUUUAUCCCGAAAGAACUACUUAUGGGGGUUUUGCAAACUGUUUAAAAUCAGCAAACAUACAAGAUAAGAAGACCGUAUUGCUAAACAAAAGCGAAAGUUCUAAAGAUGUAAAUGUGAGCCACUCUGUUAGAAAGAUCAUGGAUUUAUUGGAUAAUAGUUCAUCACCAUUAAUAGAGGCAAAGAGGAUAUCAGGGUUUCUUGACCAUGGUUUGAAUAAUUCAAAAUCAGAUUGUAGUGAAAGUAAUGAAUCCGAUGAACCAGAACUCCACAUUCCGAAAAUGGCACCAAUGCUGUUGAUGAAACAAACGAAAAUACUUAUGGAGAAGACAAGUGCAGCAAGACAACUUAUAGCUUCACAUAGCUCUUCUUCAAGAUCAUUUCCUUACCUAGUGCCAAUAAGUACAACAAAAAAUAAUGGAAAGAUUACUUCAAAACAUUUGCAGAAGGAUAAAGUUGUUAAUAUCAAUAUACUAGAGGAGCCCUCAAUAGUGAACCUACCUUCAGCAGAAUUGCAUAUUGACAUGGACAAUUUACCAACAUUUUCAUUUGAAAAUUCGACAAGCUCAUGUGUUCCAAGUCCAAUCAUACCUACAUCAACUUCAAAAGAUGACACAAAGGAAACAAAUCGUAAGGAUUUGAAAUUGCAAAUAUCUUCACAAAAUUCUAAUAUAUUAGAUGAAGGUAAUGCUUAUAUGUUUUCAAUUCCAGUUAAAGUAUCAUUUGAAGAGGAUUCAAAUUGCAACAAGGAUCUUCAAUUUCGUUUUAGAAGUCCUGAAAGAAAUAUAGAUAAUAGACGCACAGAUGUGACGAAUGAUAAUGAGUCAUGCGAUGUUGCUAGCUUAGAUGUAACUGAUUACGAUGAGUCAUGCGAUGCUGCUAGCAUAGAUGUAACUAAUAAUGAGGAGUCAUCUGAUGUUGCUAGCAUAGAUGUAACUAAUAACAGUGAGUCCUGUGAUGUUGUUAGCAUAGAUGUUACUAAUAACAGUGAGUCCUGUGAUGUUGUUAGCAUAGAUGUAUCUAAUAUCAAUGAGUCCUGUGAUGUUGCUAGCACAGAUGUAACUAACAACAAUGAGACCUGUGAUGUUGCUUCAAAAAAGUUGCAAGAGAAAAUAAUAGCUGGGUUAGGUGAUGGAAUUUGGAAAUGUAAUGAUUGUUGCGUUUCCAACAAGUUUGAACCAGUAAAAUGUGUUUGUUGUGGUAGCAAAAGUACUCCACAAAUUGAAUUUUUAAAAAAAUGUUAUGAUUGUAAUGCUAUAUUAAGAAAUGAGGCAGAGCAAUGCUUAGAUUGUAAAAGAAAAUCUGAUUCUGUAAGUGAUUUGCUUGUAAAAUCAAAUCCCCCAGAAUGGAAAUGCAAUUCAAUAAAUAAAGAGUUGUUAAAAUCUCCAGAAAAUGUAUGGAAAUGUAAAAUAUGUUUACUUGAGAACAAAAUUGAAGAUAAGAAAUGUGUUGCCUGUUUUACACAAAAUUCCAGUAGUGUGGCAAAGACUGGCGAUUUAUUUAAGAAUGAUGGAUGUCAAAACUUUUUUGGUGCUGAAGAACCUAUUAAGAAUAUGGUACAAAAACAGGCAAGUAAAUGGGAGUGCCCUAGUUGUCUGGUGCAAAAUAGUCCUGAUAAAAGUAAAUGUGUAUGUUGUGAAUCGCCAAAGCCUGGCACAGAUAAAAAACAUAUAAAAAGUUUUAACUUUGAUUUUACUGGAGCAGCACAGUUUAAGUUUGGUAUUAAUACAAUUAUGCCAUUAGCUGAAAAAGAGGAACUUUCUUCUGAAAAUAAAUUGGGUAUAACAGAAAAAAAUAAUAAUACAUUACCCAACACAUCGUUUAAAUUUGGAAUUCCUUUGAAUAAAACAUUUGAUAAUAGUGAAAGUGAGAACAAAAAAGAUAGUGAAAAACCAGCAUUCAAAUUUGGAAUUUUUCCAGAAUAUACCUUAAAUACAACAGCUACAAAAAAAAAUAACAAUCAAGGUACAGAAAUAGCACUCCAACCAACGUCAAAUGUUGUAAUAGGAGAAACUCCAAAAGAACAAGAAAUUCCUCAUUUUGAAAACACUCUUCAGCAGCAAGUGCCACAGAUAACACAAACAAAUUCUGAACUUGUAAAGCAGCCUUCUGAAGAAAAACCACAAACUUUUAAAUAUUUACCUCAAUCUCUUGGUAGUGACCUGAAGCCAACUGUUUCAGUUUCAAAUGAAACACUUAACAUCAAAACCACACAAUCCAGUGAUUUAAAAAGUAAUGAUAAUAUUGCUGAAAAUAACUUAAAUACUAACUCAAAUAUUUUUGUGCCAUCAAAAUCUUUGCCAUCAGCGGAACUAUCUGUUAAGCCAAAUUUUGACAAUGCUGUUUCAUCAACAGUUUCCCAACACAGUAUACAGCAAAUUUCGACUACAGCGGCUUCUAUAGGUAUACCAUCAAAAUCAUCAUUAUUCUCUAAAAACGAAUCUCAAAGUAACAACAACAACCUACAUACAACAACCCCAUUAUUUCAAGCACAAGAAAAUAUUGCUACCAAUUCACUUCCAAUAUUUCCUUCGAUGACAGUAACAUCUGUUACCCAUUCUUGGUUCAAUAACAAAGAGGAACCUACCCCUAUGACAUCAGCUACUCUUGCUCCAACUCCAACUCCAGUAUUCAAUUUUAGUAGUAACACCCCUAAUACGGCUACUGAAAAACCAAAAUUCAAUUUUACUUUUGGGUCCUCAAAUAAGGUUGAAGGUUCUUCUAUAUUUACUAAUACUUUUGGUGGAGCACAUGAUAAUAAUACAAAUAAGUUCAAUUUGAACUCAGGCUUAAUGCAGAAUAUUAUGCCAGCAUCAACACUUAGCAGUGGUAAUGUACUAUUAGGCAACAAUGUUUUGGGAGGCAAUGGCUUACCAGAAAACUCAAAUGACAUGAAUGUUAUCAGUUCACCAAUUGAUUCAGGUGUAGCGACAGCAAGUGGAAUAUUUGGAACACCAGUAAAUAAUGGUACCAAUUUAUGGCCACCAAAUAACCAAUCAUCAAGUAUGUUUUCUUCUGGUGCCUCUACAAAUAUAACUCAAAAGCCAGCUCCUUUUCAAUUUGGUGGAAUUAUGACUUAUAAUUCAAAUAAUCCAUUUGGCACUAGUGGACAAAUUAAUGGUUCUCCAAACUUUGGCAAUAAUGUAUCACUCAAUUCAAGAAAUAGCGUUGGAACAUUUUGCUCCAAUGUGCCACUUUAUUCUAACAACAGUACUGGGGCAUUUGGUUCUAGUGCACAACAACAGAACAUGUUUGGCAUUUCAAACUCCAAUGGGAAUAGUUCACUAUUUUUAUCGCCAUUGCAACAGCCAUCAAAUUCUCUUAUGUUUGGAAAUCCACAACCUCGAACAAAUCAGACAACUACUGGAAUGUUUGGUCAACCCAAUAUGGGUGGAACACCAUUCGGAGUACAAACACAAGCAGUUUCAGCUUUCGAACCUAACCCUGCAUCCAUACCAACAUUCAACUUUGGUUCUCAGCUGCCUAUGAAUGUAGUUGGAUUAAAUCAGCAACAAAGUCAGCAGCCAGGGGUUUAUAACUUUGGAGGAUCAGCAGCAGCAUCUCAGUUUACUAUUGGAAGCUCACAACCUGGCCAACUUAGCUUUGGAGGAGGUGUACCUCAGUUCACAAUUGGAUGUUCACAAUCUAACACUCCUUCCACAGCAAUACGACGAAUAAGGAAAGCUGUCCGUAGAACAACAACACGAUGAAUGUGUCAGUCUGCAAAAAAGUUUUAUUAUUUUUACUGUUCUAAUAUUGGACUUGUAAAUGUUUUAACCACAAUCAAAAUUGCAUUAAUUUAAAACUUAAAUCAUGUUGAACUGUAAAUAUUCUAAACAGGCAUAGAAGAAAAUUGUCUAUGUAUGUGUGAAUUACGGCAUUACAAGUAGCUGCAGUUACGACUUUUUGGCCAUCUAAUAAAACUAACAUUAUAACAAUUAUAUGAGGCUGAAUGUAGAUGCAUUUUUUCGCUUGUAGUUUCACUGUUAAAACUUGAUUAAAUGUGUAUGUGGUAAAAGUUUAAAUGAUCACUUAAUAUUUGUGAUAAUAAAAGAAACAGCUUUUGGGGUAAUAAAUGUUCACUAGUCUGUUCUCGUAAAGGCACUCGUGAAAAAAUUACGGCACCCUUAAAUUGAAUAUUAUGUCAGAAAUAAGUAUUUACCCUUUACAAUCUGUUGAAUCAUGAAAGACCUAGAGAUAAUGAGUCUAUAAAAAUGGCCCCCUAUCAUUACUUUAGUAAGCUUACUAAUUAUUUAUCAUUUUAAUCGAUAUUGUAUUUUUUUAUUUUUUUUUUAUUUCCAGUCAAAACCAAGUACGAAAUCCCAAUUUUAAUUUGUUUAUAUAUUAUUUUAUAUUUUAUUAUUAAAUGGCUUUAUAUUUUACUAGCUGACCCGGCAAACGUUGUUUUGCCAUAUCUAUACUAAUAUUAUAAAGCUGCAGUGUUUGUUUGUUUGUUUGUUUGUUUGAACGCGCUAAUCUCUGGUACUACUGGUCCGAUUUGAAUGAUUCUUUCAGUGUUGGGUAGUCCAUUUAUCGAGGAAGGCUAUAGGCUAUGUUUUUUUUUCAAAAUUAGGGAUCCGUAAUAAAAUUGCUAUUUUGUAACACAAGGUGUAAAAUCGAAAACCUAUUUUUGCGUGCGCUGCAUUUAGCGCGUUCAAACAAACAAACAAACACUGCAGCUUUAUAAUAUUAGUAUAGAUUAUUAAACUUGAAAGAUAACUUUUAAAAUUAAUAAUAAAAAUAUUACAAGAUACAAAGUAUGUAUAAUGAACUGAACAGAAAAUUUUAACAUUAAGUUAUUAUGUAAUAUUUUCUUAUUUUGUGCUGUUUCAAGCACUCUUAAAUAUUACUCUUACUUAGUUAUACCAGUUAUAUUAAAUGUAUUUUUAGUGACUACAUUCUAUAUAAUUAUUAUAAAAUAGAACCCACGUUAUACGUAAACAUAAAAUCAACUUUAUUUUAGCCAUUUUAUGCUAAUUGAGGAAAUUUUAGAUCUAUAAAUGAAUUAGGUUCGAAGUUCACAAUCAUGUAAAAUGUAAAAUUCUACGUUUAAACUCGACCUUUGUAUAUUAUAAUAAUUGCAAUUCUCAUAAUUUUGAAGUAUUAAAUGGCUCUGUUUUUGUGUAAUCAGGUUAAUUAAUGAAAUUGUUUUGUAAAUAAUAAAUUUUUAAUAUCAGUUGAGUCGAACUCGCUGACAAAGGGGUUCUGUAGGGUAAAAAAUUAAUAUACCGUUUUAAAUAUGCGCUAAUGCCCAGUUCCUAUAAUCACCGAGAAAAUCUACGAAUGGUAAUUGCCAUAAAAAUUACUACAAGUAACUACGUCAGUGCCUCAUGGUAUUUCUUCUUAUAAGUUCCGUUGUUACAUUGUUGUACCAACAAUUUACAAAAACCCUCUGAUCCUCUUCUCUUUCGUUACCAAUAGUUUACCUAUACCUUAUACCUUAAUGAAACUUAUAAUUCAGCAUUUAUAAGUUUCAUUAAGUAUAAUAAGUAUUAAAACUACUUUGUUUUUCAAACAGUUUGAAACUUAAUCAUGUAUUUUGGGAAGUGCAAUUGUAUAAGGAAUAGGCAUACAUUUUUUACUCUUUUCUUUAUAUUUUUUGUCGAGAUAUGAAAAUUUUUUAUUUAUAAAUAAAGAUGUUACAAAAUAGUCCAGACGUGUGUAACUAAAUAUUAGACGACUAACCCAAUCGAAAAUGGAAAAUUUUUAGGGGUUAAAGUAUUAAUAUACCGUUUAUACUGAAAAAUUAAAAUUUGUUUUUUUAUUUAACAUAUUUAUUUAAUCAAAAUAAUGACCAUUAUUAUCUAUACAUUGCUGUCAUCUAAUAGGAAGGUCAUUUAUGCCUUUGCGAUAGAACUGGGGUGAUCUAGAUUCAACAAACUAUGUGAAAGAAUUUUGUACUACCUCCUGAGAAGAAAAGUAGUGAAUCACACCAUGCUUAGACCACAAACAGUUACCGUUAUCUUUUUAUUGGUAAGCUUUGCUUUAGGACACUGUUGUGGUAUUUGACCUGGGGUCAGCCAUUGUAGCCUUUCUGCAGAUCACUCAAAUCAUGAGGCACCCAUUUUGGAAUUUUUUUUAUUUAAUUGAUUUAACGUAAAUGAGUCAAUAUUGUUGGUAAGGCAACGUUAAACCAUGCCGCUGAUUCCUGGGUAGUUUGGCUCGGAUCGGCUUCGGCCAUUUCUUUCAAUUUAUUGUAAUUUACCUGAGUGGGCGGUCUUCCACGUGGUUCGUCCUUCAAAUCAAAGUUUCCAUCACGAAAGCGUUAAACGUCGAAACUCUUAUUCAAAAAGCACUCGAAUCUUCGAAGUAUCCAGCUUUCUUGUCUAAGCGGAAUAAAAAAAAAGUGUGUGCGUGAAAUCUUUACGCGCGAUUGAAGUAAACCUUAGUAAUAAUUAACUAGGAAUAAUUAACAGACGCAUUAAUAUAUUACAUUAAAUAAAGCCGUUUUACCAACUAAACACUCACGUAUUACUGAAGAGCUAGGAGCGUUGUUAGAUUUUUUGCUAUUUUUUUUUCUCGGAAAAUUUGACGAUAUAACAUCAUCUUUUGAGCAAAGUUGGCAUUUUCUCUACCUAAAAUAAAAUAAUGCCUUUAUUAAUAUAUAAUAUAAUUAAUAUUAUUUUAUUAAGUGACAGUGAAAUUAUAAAAAAAUAAAAAUUAUAUCAAUCGACUUUUGUACUGAGCGUUACUUCCGUCAAAAAAAAAGUUCUAGGUUACCCCCAAGUCGCGCCUAAAGAAGUUUUACUUCAAAAACAACUGAAAGUCAAUAAUCAAACGUUGUACAUCUUUUAAAAGAAGAACAUAGGUACCACGUGAAAAUUUAUUCACUCAAUAAUCUCAAACCAUGAAGGUUCUAUGUCAAUUCGAAGUACCUAUUAAAAUAAAACGUCAAUUUCAUACUUUAACCCCUAUUACAUAAUUAUGUAAUUUAUUCACUCAUAGAAUAAUAUAAUAUUUUAUACUUGCAUGUUUAUAUCUAAUAUUAUUUGCUGCGCCACGUAUAUUUACGUACCACAAUUAUAGUAAGAAAACUUAUAAUAUUUUGAUUUAUAUUACGUUACUUAAUACAAAAACACACAAGUAAUUCAACUAAGAUUUUUUUGUGUGUAGUUUAUGUAACUAUAUUGUGUUAUAGUACCUUAAAAUAUAUUAUACUUAAAAUUUAAAUAAGGCCAGAAAUCUCAAAGACCCAAAAAAAAAUAUCAGCUGUACAUCCUUUAUCUUAAAACGCUUUCGCACUACGUCCGAUCCUUAUCCGAUCCGUACCAGUGAAAACACGGUCUGAACUCUGAAGUAGUCGUACAACUAUUUCUAUCGUAGUUUACGCACUAGACCCGGCUUCCGUCAACUGUUAGAAUUAGUUCUACGACUACAUCGGACUGUAUUUUCACGGGUACGGAUCGGAUUAGGAUCGGACGUUGUGCGAGUGCUCCUAACCUCCCAAAAGACCUUGCGGUCGCGUGAUCCUUUGUGCCGCGGGGCACUUGAAACUCGAUACCGCACGCUAUAUAUAUCAAGUUGUUUAUGUUUUUGUUUGUUUUGAGAAAAAUACUCAAUGGAUCGUUAUCGGGUCUUUUUUAUUGGAUUUAUGUGUAGAAAUCUUGACUAUUCAGAAAUAAGUAGUUAAUUGCUAAGCUAUCACGUCCUUCAAGGAGCAACUGAUGUAUUUUCACACGGAAUAAAACUAUUACCCACACUUAAUGAAGGCCCAUCUUGUUUUAUUAUCAAUAUUAAAUCCUAUUAACGAUUUACUGAUAUAGUUGAUUCACGUUAAUAAACUUGUCGUGUGUUACGUAACAGUAGCGCCCAUUUUUAAUGAUGGCCUUUUUGUCAUUUUCUUGUCCCCAUUUCGUUUAAGCUCAUUAUUUUUCUUGUUGAUAUUUUUUAACUUUUAUAAGACAUUUAGCUCGUAUUUUCACAUAUUUACCUGCUAAAGAUUUGCUUCUUAAAGUUUUUCUAUAAGUUGUUGCCUUUUGAUUUUGUUUGUCUGGCUACAAUCGUAGACAAAUACUGUUACUAACAAUAAUUCUGUGAAGUUAAGUCUCCUAUACAGAGAUUGUGUUCUCUUUAGGCAUUUUAUCCGCUAGUAAAAAAAACUAUCAGAUAAAUACUGUGACAUUUAUUAUUUAUAGAAGUAGUUUAAGAAUAUGUCCCGUAUAAAAUAUAUACGGUACGUGGUAAGAACAAUCAUUUUUUAUAAAUAGGAACCGGGCAUUAUUUAAAAUACGACAGUAUUUAGUAUUUAGAGUAUAUGAACAGUUUAUUUUUAAGUGAUACUUCUGGGAAUAAGUGUACAAAUUUAAUUUGUACCAAAAUUUAGACUGCAUAGUCCAUAAAAAUGGUACAAAUAAAAUUUGUAUAAGUAGAGUAUAUGUUAUAUAAAAUUGGGGAGCAAAACUAAAUAUAUAUAUUAAUAUAUAUGUGCAACUGUAUCCUCUUUUAAGAUUGUUUUUUAUUAUCUAAUUUUAGAGUUGUUCCUCAAUAAACUGAAUUUAAACCGA